AUGUCAGCUUUAUCCAGCGACAUCAACAAUACGUUGAUUAACUUGCUUAAUGGUUUUGGUUCAUCUGACAACAACGUGCGCGCGGCGGCUGAGGAAACAUUGAAUACCCAAUGGAUUACAGAGGAAAAUAUUCAGGUUUUGCUUGUAUUUUUAGCGGAGCAGGCAUCAUUUUCUGAAGAUCUGACCUUGGCAAGUUUAUCUGCUGUGUUAUUUAGGAAAUUAGCGCUAAGAGCACCUCCAUCUUCAAAGACGGUUAUAAUUGCAAAAAAUAUCACUCAUAUAACUCCAGAGGCACUAGCUCAGAUACGGGCUACAUUGUUGAAGGGUUUUGUUUCUGAGCGGCCUAACGGAAUCAGGCAUAAGUUAUCCGAUGCGAUUGCAGAGUGUGCGCAGGAAGAUUUGCCAGAAUGGCCUGAGCUUCUGCGGACAUUGUUUGAAGCGACACGAAAUCCCAACCCGAAUUUCAGAGAAUCUAGUUUUAGGGUAUUUACCACUGUGUCUCAUUUGAUUAAUUCGAUAGAGAUUAAUAAUGUGCUUCCUAUCUUUGAAGGCGGGUUUACUGAUACUGAAGAUAAUGUGAAAAUUGCUGCCGUUACUGCUUUCGUUGGGUAUUUCAAACAGCUACCCAAAGUGCAUUGGUCAAAAUUGGGUGUUCUAUUGCCAAGCUUGCUAAAUAGCUUGCCCAAAUUUUUAGAGGAUAAUAAGGACGAUGCUUUGGCGGCAGUUUUUGAGUCGUUGAUUGAGCUUGUUGAAUUGGCACCAAAGUUGUUCAAAAGUAUGUUUGAUCAGAUGAUUCAGUUCACUGACAUAGUUAUAAAGAACAAGGAUUUGGAAGCCGCUGCUAGAACUACAGCUUUGGAGCUAUUAACAGUAUUCUCUGAGUGUGCUCCACAGAUGUGUAAAUCUAAUCCAGCCUAUGCGCAGUCAUUGAUUAUGGAUACCCUAUUAAUGAUGACUGAAGUGUCGAUAGACGAUGAGCAAGCCUUAGAAUGGCAGAAUUCGGACGACGUGGAAGAGGACGAUGAGGAAGUCGCAUAUGACAAUGCCCGUCAGGCACUAGAUCGUGUCGCUUUGAAACUAAACGGCAAGUAUUUAGCUCCUCCGCUAUUCCAAUACUUGCAGCAAAUGAUCACUUCUUCGGAGUGGAGAGAAAGGUUUGCGGCUUUAAUGGCUUUGUCCUCCGCAGCUGAAGGUUGUCGCGAUGUUUUAAUUGGUGAGAUACCAAAAAUCUUGGACAUGGUUAUUCCCCUAAUUAAUGAUUCCCAUCCAAGAGUCCAAUAUGGUUGUUGUAAUGUUUUAGGUCAGAUAUCUACAGACUUCGCGCCACUAAUCCAGAGAACAUCGCAUGAACACAUCCUGCCAGCUUUAAUUUCCAAGUUAACUGGCCAAUCAGUUGAUAGAGUCCAAACACACGCGGCAGCUGCGCUUGUUAAUUUCUCUGAACAUGCCACGCAAACAAUUUUAGAGCCUUAUUUGGAUAGCCUGUUGACUAAUUUAUUGUCUAUUCUACAAAGCUCAAAGCUCUACGUCCAAGAGCAAGCGUUAACUACUAUUGCUUUUAUUGCGGAGGCUGCCGAAAAGAAGUUCAUUAAAUACUACGACACAUUAAUGCCGCUUUUAUUGAACGUGUUGAAAACUGACACCGGUAAGGAAAAUAGAACUUUGAAAGGUAAAUGUAUGGAAUGCGCCACCUUAAUUGCUUUAGCGGUUGGUAAGGAAAAAUUUUCUGUUCAUUCUCAAGAAUUAAUUGAACUUUUAAUUUCAUAUCAAAAUGACGGUAUCGAAGACGAUGAUCCGAUUAAGACAUACUUGGAACAAGGUUGGAGUAGAAUAUGUAGAAUUCUCAGGGAGGACUUCGUUCCAUUUUUACCAAUUGUUCUACCAUCGUUGUUAGAGACAGCGAAAGCAGGUCAAGAUGUUAGUUUAAUUGAUGAAGAGGAAGCCAAAAAUUUUCAACAGUAUUCUGAUUGGGAUGUUGUUCAGAUACAGGGUAAACAUAUCGCCAUCCAUACAUCCAUUUUGGAUGAUAAGGUUCCGGCAAUGGAAUUGUUACAGGUUUACGCAACCAUUUUAAAAAAUUACUUUGCUGGUUAUGUUCCAGAAAUUAUGACUGAGAUAGCCAUUAAGUCUCUUGACUUCUAUCUACACGAUGGAGUCAGAGCUACUGGUGCAGGGCUCAUCCCGGUUUUGUUCUCAUCAUUAGUUUCUGCUACUGGUACUCAAAAUCCAAAUACCAUGGCCCUUUGGGAAUUAGCCUCAACGAAAUUAAUCAAUGCUAUCAUCUCCGAACCUAUGCCUGAGAUCAUUCAAAUGUACCAUACUUCUUUGCUGGACGGUUUGAAAAUUAUGGGAGAGAAUUGUUUGAAUAAUGACCAGUUAGAGAAAUAUACCAAAGGUGUUUCUGCGAAUUUAUCGGAUGUUUACGAAAGGGUUAAACAACGCCACGGCCAAGAAGAUGAGUACAACGAAGACGUUGAUGAAGACUACGAAGACUUUACGGAUGAAGAUCUACUGGAUGUCAUAAACAAAUCGCUUGCGGCAGUUUUCCAAUCUUCCAACGGAAUGUACGUAACCCACUUCCAAACCUUGUGGCCUCUGAUCCACACUUACCUACAGGAUUCUGAAGUCAUUUUAAUAUUAUUUGCAUUAGUCGCCAUUUCGGACAUGAUUCAAUACUGUGGAGACAAUAGUGCAGCGUAUAAGGACGGCUUCGUCGGUAAAUUAAAGGAAUUUUUGGUCUCUCCAGAACCAUCUGUUCGCCAGGCGGCUGCCUACUGUAUCGGUUCAUGUGCUCAAUACGCCCCAAACGUAUACGGUGAGGUCUGUAUCAGUUCUCUAGACACUUUGAUGAUGGUUAUCUCCAUUCCAGAAGCUAAGUCUGAGGAUAACGUCUCCGCCACCGAAAACUCAGCUGCUGCUAUCGCCAAGAUUUUACACUCCUUUGCUUCCAGUAUUCCAAACUUUGACUCUUAUGUCAGCAGUUGGUUGAAAUGCUUCCCAUUCAUCCAAGAUGAGGAAGCCGCAGCAUUCAACUACAGAUUUUUAGCGCAAUUGAUAGACUCUCACAAUGCAGCGGUCGUUGAAAAGGAGAAGAUAGGAGAUAUUGUAGAUUACAUUGUGCAAGCCUUACACCAGAAGAGUUUAUCAGGAAAGACUGCAAGUGCCGUUGUGGACUCUACAAAGAAACUACUCGGCACACUUCCAUCAAACGAUGCGUUGCGGUACUUUCAAAGAUAUCCAACUUCAAUCAUGCAAGACAUUAGCAAGUGGUUUGCUUAA